AUGACACUUCGGACUUUUGAUAUCAACAAGCCUAAAACAUGGCAUUUAGCAGCGACGAUUGACAAUGAGUUACAAGAAAUGAUAGAAAAUGGGACAAAGGGGAGGUUCACUGGCGAUGCCGAGGACCUUACCCUAGCGCAAACGCGAGCCAAGUUUGACAGUCUCUUCCAGCAGGAUGCUGAUGUUCUUCGCUCGAAAAUGCAAGAUGAGGUGUCUGAGCAAGAGAUUCACAUUCCUGUCAGGGAUGGAUUCAAAGUCCGAGCGCUUGUUUAUCGUCGCAAGACUGACCAGUCGAAGACGGAUCGACCACUUGUAGUGCUUAUUCAUGGCGGAGGCUUCAUUCUAGGCAACGCAGAGAUGGAGAUGCCAACCUGUGUUGAAGCGGUCCGAAGAUACGAUUGCGUCGCGGUGAGCUUGGAGUAUCGACUUUCUCCAGAAGUCAAGUUUCCAGUUGCAUAUAACGAUUGCUGGGACGCUCUCACAUGGCUAUCCAAGAACGCGACCACUCUUCAAGCUGACCCAACGCGUGGCUUUGUCUUUGGUGGGACUUCGGCUGGUUCACAUCUCAGCAUCCCCUUGGCUCACCAAGCUCGGGACGAAAAGCUCUCACCUCCACUCACUGGGCUAUACCACUCCGUUCCGCCUGCUCUGAUGCCACAAGCACUUACUGACAAGUAUAAACCUCUCUACAACAGUAGAGAACAGCUUAAGGAUGGUAUGGCACUCACUGCAAAGUCUACAGAGGUUUAUGACAAGGCUGUCGAGCCAGACUUCGCUUCGCCGCUUUGGAAUCCGCUCCUUUGGCCAACUGGACAUACAGGCUUGCCCCCAUCGUUCUUCCAAAUCUGUGGGGCUGACCUGUUGAGGGACGAGGCAUUGAUUUACGAAAGGGAACUUCGACUCGAGGGCGGCGUUAAAACUAAGGCGGUUGUGUACGAGGGGUUGCCGCAUGUUUUUUGGUAUGAUUACCCGACUCAUAGUGCAAGCGCCAGGUUUGCCAAGGACGCGGUUGAUGGUUUGGGAUGGCUACUUGGUCGGGAGAAGUAG